AUAUGUCUGACUCGUUCUAACUCCACGUUUACUUUUUACAAAAAAAAAACAAUUUAUAUUCGUGUACAUAUUGUCGUGUAUGGCUGAUUUGGGCAAGAUAUCUGUCAUAGAAUAUAUUUUUAAUUGUUGAUCAAGAUUCCUUUUUUGUGAUUAUUGCAUUAACAAAUUCAGCGAAAAAAUCAUUGUUUAUAAAAAAAUAAAAAAAUGUAUCAUUUGAACAAAUUAGCAAAGUCAGCUGGACCAUUUAAGCCGGUUGUUGAUAUUUCACGUGCAUUUCCAAUUGUAAUACAACAUCAAUUAAGAAAUUAUGCUGAUCAUAAAAUCCCAGAUCGUUUAAAAGAUAUUGCAAGUGAUGAAAACCCAAGAUUCUUUAAUAUGAUUGAAUAUUUUUUUCAUCGUGCUUGUCAAAUAAGUGAAGACAAGCUUGUUGAAGAUGUUGGCAAAAGAUCUAAAAUGACUAUUGAAGAAAAGCGUAAAAAAGUCAAAGGAAUUUUGAUGUUAAUGGAACCUUGCGAUCAUAUUUUGGAAACAACAUUUCCAUUGAGGCGUGAUUCUGGUGAUUAUGAAAUGAUUACUGGUUAUCGAGCUCAACAUUCCACUCAUAGAACACCUUGCAAAGGAGGUAUACGUUUUUCAAUGGAUGUCAGCAGAGAUGAAGUCAAGGCUUUAUCAGCAUUGAUGACUUUUAAGUGUGCAUGUGUUGAUGUGCCAUUUGGUGGUGCCAAAGCUGGCAUUAAGAUCGAUCCAAAAAAAUAUUCUGAGCAUGAAUUGGAAAAAAUAACACGUAGAUUUACCCUGGAAUUGGCCAAGAAAGGAUUUAUUGGACCUGGUGUCGAUGUACCAGCACCAGAUAUGGGAACAGGUGAACGUGAAAUGUCAUGGAUUGCUGAUACAUAUGCUAAAACAAUUGGUCAUCUUGAUAUAAAUGCACAUGCAUGUGUUACUGGUAAACCAAUAAAUCAAGGUGGUAUACAUGGACGCAUAUCAGCAACAGGUCGUGGUGUUUUUCAUGGAAUCGAAAAUUUUAUAAAUGAAGCAAAUUAUAUGAGUAUGAUUGGUACAACACCUGGAUGGGGUGGUAAAACAUUUAUUGUACAAGGUUUUGGUAAUGUUGGAUUACAUUCAAUGCGUUAUUUACAUCGUGCUGGUGCAAUAUGUACUGGUGUUAUUGAGCAUGAUGGUUCAAUUUAUAAUCCUGAUGGUAUUGAUCCAAAAGCACUUGAAGAUUAUAGAAUUGAAAAUGGUACUGUUGUUGGUUUUCCUGGUGCUCAACCAUAUACUGGUGAAAAUUUAAUGUUUGAAGAAUGUGAUAUAUUCAUACCUGCUGCUAUUGAGAAAGUUAUAAACAAAGAUAAUGCUCAUAGGAUAAAGGCUAAAAUCAUUGCUGAAGCAGCAAACGGACCCACAACACCAGCUGCUGAUAAAAUAUUACUUGAAAAAAAUGUACUUGUCAUUCCUGAUCUUUAUAUUAAUGCUGGUGGUGUUACUGUUUCAUUUUUUGAAUGGCUUAAAAAUUUAAAUCAUGUAUCAUAUGGUCGACUUACUUUCAAGUAUGAAAGAGAAUCAAAUUAUCACUUACUUGAAUCCGUCCAGGAGUCCUUAGAACGUAGAUUUGGACGUGUUGGAGGUAGAAUUCCAGUAACAGCAUCGGAGGCAUUCCAGAAACGUAUAUCAGGUGCUUCAGAAAAAGAUAUUGUUCAUUCUGGUCUCGAUUACACCAUGGAACGAUCAGCCAGGGCCAUUAUGAAGACUGCCAUGAAGUAUAACUUAGGUCUUGAUCUGAGGACAGCUGCUUACGUAAAUUCAAUUGAAAAGAUAUUCACUACAUAUUCCGAAGCUGGUCUUGCAUUCUAAAUACAAAAGAAAUAAUAAUUCACAUAAAUAAUAAAAUAUCUGACAGUAUUUCAGAAACUUAAAAACAAUUUAAAAAUAAAAAUAAUAUUUACACUUUACACUUACCAUAAACAAAAUAAAACAUUUUAUUAUUGUGAAAACAAUAAAAACAUUCACAAAAUAUAGAAAUAGAAAAUAUUCUAAAUGAAAAAAAUAAAAUACUGAAAUAUUGCCAACGCUAAGAGCUAGAGAUUAAGCCAUACUUUCUUGAUGCUAAUAACAAAAAUGAAAUAAAGAAAUAUUUCAAAUAUAAUUUAAAAAUUCAUAAAUACGCAAAAAAAAAAAGAGAAAAUCAAAUUUAAUGCAGCAGUCAGUCUUUUUAUAUUGCACUCAAAAUCAAACAAAAAAUUUUUUUAUAAAACUAAUUAAAUUGUACAAUAAAUUUACUUAUAAAUUACCAUUGUUUAUUGCAAUAUUGAAAAAUCAUUAUUUUAAAUAGAAUGCCAGACAUGUAUCUUAAACCAUAAUGGAAGAAAAAGAAAUCAUAAAUAACUAACAUGUACGAUUAUGGUUACAGUUAAUUAUUUAUGUUUAAAUAAUAUUUUUUGAAUCUUUUUUUUUUUAUAUUAAAAUGCUAUUGAGCAAUGUAUUAUAUGAUUAAUUAAUUUUUUUUAUUGUAUUACAUUCACUAUUAAAAACAAAAUAUUUGUUAAAACUGCUGCUUCUCCUGUUGAUAUUAAAAACUCUUAAAUAUUA